AUGGCACUCACAUCAUACGUCUGCUUCAAUUGCAGGCAUUCAAAUGGAUUGAAAGCAUCUCUGCGCAAUUUCUCCUCCGCCCGACGCAAUCGAGACAUUUUGCGACCCGCAACAGCUCCGAAGCCCACGCCGGACGUCAAACACAUCCGCCAAAAUGCCGACCUCUACGCACAGAACUGCAUAGAUCGCAACUAUGCAGGUCACGCCGGGUAUCCGUCGAAAAUUCAACAAUUAUCAGAGGAGGCUAGACAACUCGAUCAUGACCUGAAAACCCCUCGAUCCCGCAUCAAGCAACUAGAAAAGACCAUCGCCAAACUACACAUUGCGACUCGGCAAGAUGCAGAUGGAAACACGAAUGAGAAGAGCCCAAGUCCAAGCGAGGGACUGGCCGAACUCAAGUCAGAAGCCCAGCGCCUAAAGGACGACUCACAGUCCAUGACAGAACGCAAAGCAACCUGCACCGAAGAGAUCAACCGACUAGCCCUCGCUCUCCCAAACCUCUCCUCCCAAUUCACACCCAUCGGACACGACCCAACUCUCCUGCAAGCCCGGUCCCACGUUGCAAUCGGCACAGAGCUGAACCUCCUCGACUUCGCCAGCUCAGCCACAACAACAGGAUGGGGCUGGUACUUCCUGAUAAACGAAGGCGCAAUGCUAGAACAAGCACUUGUCCAGUACGCGCUAAGCACAGCCCGCCGCCGAGGCUGGAAAACCGUCGCACCGCCCUCAAUCGUCUACUCCUACAUCGCCGAAGCAUGCGGGUUCCAGCCGCGUGACCAGCACAACGAGCAGCAGAUCUGGUCCAUCGAGCAGAACGAGCGCGAUAAAAACACCAAACCCCAACGCUCGCUAACCGGCACCGCCGAGAUCCCUCUAGCGGCCAUGUACGCCGGACGCGACAUCAACGCCUCCGAGCUACCGAUUAAGCUCGUCGGCGCGAGCCGCUGCUACCGUGCCGAGGCGGGUUCCCGUGGCGUCGACACGAAGGGCCUGUACCGCGUGCACGAGUUCACCAAGGUCGAGCUGUUCGGCUGGACGGAUAACGUGGACGGGGCCGUACCGAGCUCGGACGAUAUGUUCAACGAGUUGCUGGAAAUGCAGACGGAGAUCCUGACCGCGCUGCAUCUGCCGUGUCGUGUGCUGGAGAUGCCGAGUGGGGAUCUGGGGGCUAGCGCGACCCGUAAGCGGGAUAUCGAGGCGCUGUUCCCGUCUCGUCUGCGCGCGUCGAGUACUGCUACGCCGGUUGAUCCUGAAAUUCAUCAUCUGGAGUCGGCUUGGGGUGAGGUUACUUCUGCUUCUAUUUGCACGGAUUACCAGAGUCGUCGGUUGGCGGCGAGAGUGCGUGGCGGUGGCGCUAAGGAGUCAAGGUUCCCGCAUACGGUUAAUGGGACUGCUAUGGCUGUUCCGCGUGUGUUGGCUGCGAUUUUGGAGAAUGGGUGGGAUGCUGAGCGGGGUGUUGUUGUUAUUCCUGAGGUUUUGCGGCCUUGGAUGGAUGGGAUGGAGGUCAUUGGGCGGAGCUAG